AAACCGUCACUUCUUUUAUUUCAUUUUCUGGAAAAAGAAACCCAGAAAACAGAAAAAACAAACACAAACUAACCAUUUCUUAUUUCUCCUCUCCUCUCCUCUCCUCUCUGAUCGGCGGCAACUCGGCAUCUUUCAUUCUCUCAUCUCCCCUUCGAAGGAAAAGAACAUGUUUUUAGUAGAGAGUAAAUCAGCUGCUAUAGUCUGUAUGUUGGUGUCCCUUCUAUUUUUGGGAACAUGGCCAGCAAUUCUGACUCUUUUAGAAAGGAGGGGGAGACUUCCUCAACAUACUUAUCUUGAUUACUCAAUUACAAACUUCCUGGCAGCUGUUCUCAUUGCUCUCACAUUUGGCCAGAUUGGUGGUAGCACACCAAGUAUGCCCAAUUUCCUUACUCAGCUUACUCAGGACACGUGGCCAUGUGUUCUGAUGGCGAUGGGUGGUGGAUUGUUCUUAAGCUUUGGCAAUGUUUCAAUACAAUAUGCCUGGGCAUUUGUUGGGCUUUCAGUGGCUCAAGUGGUUACAUCUAGCAUUGCUGUUGUAAUAGGCACAACUUUGAACUAUUUCUUGGACGACAAAAUAAACAAAGCAAGCAUUCUGUUCCCAGGGGUAGCGUGCUUUCUCACAGCUGUAUUGCUUGGGUCUGCUGUGCACUCCUCUAAUGCAACUGAUAAUGUGGAAAAGCUUCGCAGUUUUCACGAGAAUCUAAAAGAAACGGAAAAAGUGCCCGAGAUUACAACUGACGAAGAAGCUCCAUCUGCAAAAGAUAUCAUGGAGAACGUAGAUGUUGAUAAUGUUUGUGCUGAAGAAGCUAAAAAGGCUGGAACUGCUGAUUUUAUAAUCGCAGUUGAAAGCCAAAGAGCUAUUAAGGUGGUUGGCGAAAGCAAAGUGGUGGGCAUGAGCAUAACUCUAUUUGCCGGCGUAUGCUUUGCUCUCUUCUCACCAGCAUUUAACCUCGCAACAAAUGAUCAAUGGCACUUUUUGAAGGAAGGGGUUCCUCAUUUGGUUAUAUAUACGGCUUUUUUUUACUUCUCGCUGGCCUUUGUUGUGACGGCGGUCUUUUUGAAUGUCACCUUCUUGUACUAUCCCCUCCUCAACUUGCCUAAAUCAUCUCUUAAGGAGUACCUUAGAGAUGGAAAUGGAAGAGGUUGGGCUAUUGCCGCUGGCUUGCUUUGUGGCUUUGGAAAUGGUCUUCAGUUCAUUGGCGGUCAGGCUGCUGGCUAUGCAGCUGCUGACGCAGUUCAGGCUCUUCCCCUAGUGAGCACCUUCUGGGGUGUACUCUUCUUUGGCGAGUAUAGGAGGUCAUCCAAGAGGACUUAUUUGCUACUUGUAUGUAUGCUUGUCAUGUUUAGUGUUGCUGUGGCAUUGUUGCUUGCUUCAGCUGGUCAACGAAAAACAGUAGCCUCAAAGAUCAAUCGUUUACAACACCAAAAUACAAAACCAAUGGAGAAUUACACUCAUGCCACUUUUGACUUUUAGGUCUCUUUUUCUUCCACUUUGUUCCUAAUGCUACCUGGUAUGAGACAAGUAUUCACAAAUAAAGAGAGUGCAUUCUCAGUUUUACAUGUAUAGGAUAGAUUCCACUUGUAAGUAUUUGUUCCACAACACAUUGUCCAUGGGUUUGUAAGUAAAUAAGUAAUGCAUGGUUUAUUGAUCACUACUUGAAUGUA